ACAAGGUCGAAAGUUGUACAACCGAUGCUCAAGUCACAGCAUUUUCUAGUACUUUCCUUCCGCAAACUACUUGGCUAAUCGAAGUAAAUCCUUGCCCUAGGGCUACCCAUGGCUGCGCUAUCCUUUCUCCUCAGCGUCACGCUCCUGUGGAUCCUUUUUCAGGCCUGUCAGUCGGCCGCAUGGGAAGGCAUCCGCUACGAUCCGAAGUAUCCUGGUAAGUGCACCAUCCACCAGGGACUCGUCCUGAAUCCGGGUGUCAGCAUCAAGGAUCCCACGCACGAGUGCCGCCAAAUUGUGUGCGGACACAGCGGACAGGUGGCCUUCCACAGCUGCGGAGUGACCGUCCUGUCGGACUCCUGCCGCCACGGUGCGUACAUCAAUCCCGAGAAACCCUAUCCGGAGUGCUGCCGAAGGGCCCUUAUUUGCAACUAGGCAGGCGGGUGCAGCUCUUUCAUUCGGUUAUUGGGG